CCCUGUCUGUGGCUUCUUCAGGAUGAAUCGCCAAUUCACCUGCAAGCCUGGAGCUGCCAGCAGGGGCUUCAGCGGCUGCUCAGCUGUGCUAUCAGGAAGCAGCUCAUCCUCUUACCGGGCAGGGGGCAAAGGGUUCAGCGGAGGCUUCAGCAGUCGGAGCCUCUACAGCCUAAGAAGCCCCAGGAGCAUCUCCUUCAAUGUGGCUAGUGGCAGCGGGCGCACAGGGGGAUAUGGGUUUGGCCGGAAUCGGGCCAGUGGCUUUGCUGGCAGCAUGUUUGGCAGUGGGGCUCUGGGGCCUUCAAAUCCAUCCCUGUGCCUGCCUGGAGGCAUCCACCAGGUCACAGUCAAUAAAAGUCUUCUGGCUCCUCUCAACGUGGAGCUGGACCCGGAGAUCCAGAAGGUGCGCGCCCAGGAGCGGGAGCAGAUCAAGGCUCUGAACAACAAGUUUGCCUCCUUCAUCGACAAGGUGCGCUUCCUGGAGCAGCAGAACCAGGUGCUGCAGACCAAGUGGGAGUUGCUGCAGCAGCUGGACCUGAGCAACUGCAGGAGGAACCUGGAGCCUGUUUAUGAGGCCCACAUCAGCAGCCUGCAAAAGCAGCUGGAUUCGCUAUCUGGGGACAGGGUGAGGCUGGACUCUGAGCUGAGGGGCAUGCGGGAUGCUGUGGAGGACUGCAAGAAGAGGUACGAAGAAGAAAUAAACAAGCGUACAACUGCUGAGAAUGAAUUUGUGGUGCUUAAGAAGGAUGUGGAUGCCGCAUACAUGAGCAAGGUGGAGCUUCAGGCCAAGGUGGAUGCUCUGGAUGGAGAGAUCAAAUUCCUCAAGUGUCUGUACGAGGGGGAGAUUACUCAGAUGCAGUCGCACAUAAGUGACACCUCUGUGAUCCUCUCCAUGGACAACAACCGCAGCCUGGACCUGGACAGUAUCAUCGCUGAGGUCCGAGCUCAAUAUGAGGACAUUGCCCUGAAGAGCAAGGCGGAGGCUGAGAUGGUGUACCAGACCAAGUUCCAAGAGCUGCAGCUGGCAGCUGGCCGGCACGGAGAUGACCUCAAGCACACCAGGAACGAGAUCUCUGAGUUGACCCGGCUCAUCCAGAGACUGCGAUCAGAAAUUGAGAGUGUGAAGAAGCAAUGCUCCAAUCUAGAGACAGCCAUUGCUGAUGCCGAGCAGCGAGGUGACUGUGCCCUCAAGGAUGCCCAGGCCAAGCUGGAUGAGCUGGAGAGAGCCCUGCACCAGGCCAAAGAGGAGCUGGCCCGGAUGCUGCGUGAGCACCAGGAGCUGAUGAGUAUGAAGCUGGCCCUGGACAUUGAGAUCGCCACCUACCGCAAGCUGCUGGAGGGGGAGGAGUGCAGGAUGUCUGGAGAACACACCAAUGCUGUGAGCAUUUCUGUCAUCAGCAGUUCCGCACCUGGGGCAGUCGGUGCUGGGACCAGUUUCGGGUUCAGUAGCACUGGCACCUACGGCUACCGGCAGAGCUCUGUGGCCGGGGGCUAUGGCAUACUGUCAGGGGGCUGUGUCACUGGUAGUGGGAAUUGCAGCCCCCGUGGAGAAACCAAGACCAGACUGGGUAGUGCAAGUGAAUUUAAGGAGGUUUCAGGAAAGACCUUGGGUUUGGGCUCACCCUCAAAGAAAACCAUGAGAUAAUCUGACAGCUAGUCCCCCCAUUUCUGCCCAGCUUUGGUUUUCUCUGGACUCCCUUCCAGGAAAUCCUUCUGUUUUAUUUACUAUUGCUCGCUUUUUACUUUUCUUUGUUGCCAACAUUGCCUUCUUUCCAAUCCCUCUGCCUUUAUUAACC